CCACUAACAAAUUCACUUUCAGUCAGUCCUAAAACACAACAAAGAGACACGCGUGAUACCAGGCAGUGCGGUUGUACGCGUCCAUCAUGUGGCUUUUGAUUUUCUUGGCCUUGCCGCUGAUGUGGGCUGCUGGGACCUACUGGUACCUGUUUGGCAAAAAGAGCCCAUUUUCCCUGGAGUCUGUGAGACCGCCUGGCCCUCGGGAGUUUGAUCAGAAGAAGAGGGACCGAGUCAUUAAGCAAGGUUUCAGCGUGGACAGGGUCCCGGAGAACCUGGACGUGAUCGUGAUCGGCAGCGGGAUCGGGGGCCUGACGGUCGCCGCCACGCUGGCCAAGGCGGGCCGUAAGGUCCUGCUCCUGGAGCAGCACGACCAGGCCGGGGGCUGCUGCCACACCUUCGUGGAGAAGGGCUUCGAGUUCGAUGUCGGGCUUCACUACAUCGGGCAGCUCCACGAGAACAGCCUGCUCCGCAUCGCCUUCGACCAGAUCAGUGAGGGCCAGCUGGAGUUCCAGGAGCUGGACCAGCACUUUGACACCAUCCUGAUCGGCCAGGGCGACGAGAAGCGCGAGUACACCAUCUUCACCGGCAAGACGGAAAUGGAGGCCCACCUAAAGAAGCAGUUCCCAGACGACACGUCCGCCAUAACAGAGUUCUUCAAAAUCAUGAAGAUCUCUGCUAAGAAGACCCACUACCUGGCCACGCUGAAGCUCAUCCCACAGUGGUUGUCCCUGUUCCUGCUGAAGACUGGCAUCGCCCACUUCAUGUCCCCCAUCUUUGACCUCAGUGGGACCUGUGCCACCGACGUGGUGAACACACUGACCAGCAACAAGGACCUCCAUGUUAUCUUCUCAUACCUUUUCUAUGGCGUUCCUCCGAAGGACUCCAGCAUCGUCAUCAACGCCCUGCUUAUCCACCACUACAAGCGAGGCGCCUAUUACCCGAAAGGGGGCGCCAGUGAGAUCGCUUUCCACAUCAUCCGCACCAUCCAGAAAUACGGAGGCAACUGCCUGGUCCGGGCUCCCGUCACUCAAGUCCUGGUUAACAAGAAGGGAGAGGCUUAUGGUGUGAAAGUGAGGAAGGGCCAAGAGGAGCACGAGGUGCACGCACCUGUGGUCAUCUCCAACUGCGGCAUCUUCACCACCUUCCAGAAGCUUCUGCCUCCCGAGAUCCAAAUCAAGCCAGAUAUCCAGGAGCGCCUCAACAUGAUGAAACACGGCAGGGGGUCGUUUCUAGUUUUCUCCGGCUUUGAUGGGACCGCCGAGGAGCUCGGUCUCGUGUCCACCAACUUCUGGUUGUUCAAGAACAACGACAUGGACAGAUCGAUGGAGGAAUUCUUCGCUCUUGGCAAGGAUGACGCUCCUGAGAACAUUCCCAUGAUGUUCAUCACAAUGCCAUCAGCCAAAGACCCUGAGGCCAAGAUCAGAAACCCAGGGAAGUCCUGCAUGACCAUCCUGACCAUGGCCAAGUACGAGUGGUUUGAGGAGUGGUCGGACACCACGGUGCGUAAGAGAGGAGACGAGUACCACCAGUACAAGAUGAGGUUCGCCAACAAGCUCUUCGAAUGGGCCUGCACCGUAUUCCCCAAGAUCAAAGACAAGCUGGUGUUCCAGGAAGUGGCCACCCCCCUGACCAACAUGCACUACCUGGGCUCCCAGCGGGGGGCCAUGUACUCCGCUGAGCACAACCUGGACCGCUUCGGGGCCGAGGCCGUGGCCCGCAACCGCUGCAACACCCCGGUCAAGAACCUCUACAUCUCAGGCCAGGACGUGUUCAGCUGUGGGAUAGCGGGCGCGUUGCACGGAGGACUCCUCUGCGCCGCCACAGUGCUGGACCACAUCAUCUACAUCGACCUGCUGCUCAUGAAGAAGAAGCUGAAGAGGAGGAAGGCCAAGGAGCUGGCCCAACUGGCCAAGAAGAAGCUGCAGUGAACACGGCUCUCUAGCUCCCCUACAGGACAGUGUGGGCUCAGUGAGGAAUGGUGCCGACUCAUGAUAACUUGAGGGCCUUGUUGCCAUUUUAAAGAACUUACAAGAUUCCUUAACCGUUUAUUUAUGCACCAUAUAUGUGUGUGUGCCCUAUCCUUUUUAGUAUGAAUGUUUAACUUAUGAGUUGUAAUACUGUAUAUUGUUAUGUGACUAAUUUAUAAAUGUCGAUAUAAUGCAGGGACAAACAUGUGUAGAAAUUCAACAGUGAUACAUGAAGGCCUAAGAUGUAUAUUUUAUAUGAUUUGAUUACUUGUGUUAAGAUAUUCAAUGUAUUUGUUUCAAACUUGUAUACAAAAAAAAACCUCACAAGAAUACCAUUUGAACUUGAGGAACAACGCUGUCAGUGCAGUUGUGUUCUUCAAAGCAGAUAGUUGUUAUUCACCAUUUCUAAUAAACAGAUUUUCUAUCAUUCUUUCA